CGAAAAUUAUUGUAAUAUAAACUCCAGAUUGUAUCCAAUAAUAAUCAUCGCGAGAAACAAGAUGGUACUAUUAAUUCAUGGCUCCUCCCUCUCUCCCUGUACCAAGCGUGUUCAGGUUGUUUUCCAUGAGAAAGGCAUUCCAUUCGAAUUUAAUCCUGUGGAUCUAAGCAAGGGAGAACAAAAGAGCGAGUUGCAUGUUCAGAAACAGCCUUUUGGUAAGGUUCCUGUUCUAGAAGAGGACGGGUUUAUGCUUUAUGAAAGCCGAGCAAUUUGCCAGUACAUUGCAGCGAAAUAUCGAGAUCAAGGUACCGAUUUAUUCCCAGAUAACGACAAUGUAGAGGAAUUUGCAUUGCUGCAGCAGGGAAUUUGCGCCGAACUUUCUAAUUUCGAUCCCGUAGCUUUUGGAAUUUGCAAUGAAAAGAUGUUCAAGGCCGAGCCAGCCGAUGAAAUCAAAGUCGCUGAACUGUCAGCCAAACUCAAAUCAGUACUGGCUGGUUAUGAACGCAUUCUGGUGAAACAGAAAUACUUCACGGGGCACAAGCUGAGCCUCGCCGAUCUAUUUCAUCUUCCAUAUGCCAGUCUGCUCGAGACCUUAGGUUAUGGCGGCUUGUUCGCUGAGUUCCCUGCCUUCAACUCGUGGCUCAAGGGAUUACAGGCGCGAGACAGUUGGAAAACAGUCUCCUAUUAG